AACGGUGCAACAUUCUGAAUGGCGGCAGUGGCAGCGGCAGCGGGUGCUAAGCGUUAAAGCUUCCAAAUUCCGAUAGCUGAUUCUUAACUCACCAAAACCAAAUGGCUCUUGUUUCAUAGUAAUCGAAAACCAAACGACACAGUUUAAUGGAUCUCCCACCUCAAUUUUCCUCCACCCUAAACCCUAACCCUCACCCAAGUCCCAACGUUUUCUUGGACCCAACCACCGAUUCAAUCCCAAAUCUCCUCCAGAACCCCAACUCCACCACCUUGAGCCACUACCUCUCUUUCUCCGUCCCCAAGAAGCGCCGUCGCGGCCGCUCUCAGCGCAAUCCAGCUUCGUUUCGCCUUCCUCUCACCCUGCCCACCGACUCUCCGUCUUCCUCUUCCUCCCGAGCCCCCGCCUCCGACGAAAUUAUCGUAAUAAACAAAGAACCCAAAACCGAAGCGCUAAUCGCCCUCAGCGCCGGUUUUCCGGCGGACUCCCUGACGGAGGAGGAGAUCGACGCUGCCGUGCUGCCGGUCAUCGGCGGCAUCGAGCAGGUAAACUACACUCUCAUUCGGAACCACAUCAUUGCAAAAUGGCGCGAAAACGUGUCCAAUUGGGUGAGUAAGAAAACCUUCCUGGAUUACAUUCCGCAACAUUACCACGCGCUUUUGGACUCCGCAUAUAAUUACCUUGUCUCGCAUGGUUACAUCAAUUUCGGAGUGGCCUCUCCCAUCAAGGAGAAGAUUCCGUCGGAGGCGAGCAAGCCGUCGGUGAUUAUCGUCGGCGCCGGGCUCGCCGGGCUGGCUGCGGCUCGGCAGCUUAUGCGGUUUGGGUUCAAGGUGACGGUGUUGGAAGGGCGGAAGCGCGCCGGUGGUCGUGUUUAUACGAAGAAGAUGGAGGGAGGGAAUAGGCUGUGUGCUGCUGCAGAUUUGGGUGGUAGUGUGCUGACGGGUACGUUGGGGAAUCCCCUUGGGAUUGUGGGGAGGCAGUUGGGUGAGUUGCUUCAUAAGGUGAGGGAUAAGUGUCCCCUUUAUUGCGUGGACGGGAGGCCGGUUGAUCCGGACACGGAUGUGAAGGUGGAGUCUGCGUUUAAUCGUAUGCUCGACAAAGCGAGUAGGUUGAGGCAGUUGAUGGGGGAGGUCUCGGUGGAUGUGUCUCUUGGAGCGGCACUCGAGACGUUUCAGCAAGUGUUUAAGGACUCGGUGAGUGAUGAGGAGUUGAGUUUGUUCAAUUGGCAUCUUGCUAAUUUGGAGUAUGCGAAUGCGGGGUUGUUGUCAAAUCUUUCCCUUGCAUUUUGGGACCAGGAUGAUCCUUAUGAUAUGGGGGGAGAUCAUUGUUUUUUGCCUGGGGGAAAUGGGAAGCUGGUUCAGGCUUUGGCAGAGAAUGUGCCAAUUUUGUAUGAGAAAACUGUGCAUACGAUUAGGUACAGUGGUGAUGGAGUGCAGGUGAUUGCAGGGAAUCAGGUGUUUGAGGGUGAUAUGGCUUUGUGCACUGUUCCAUUAGGUGUAUUGAAGAAAGGAUCUAUCAAGUUUAUACCAGAGUUGCCUCAGAGGAAGCUUGAUGGGAUAAAAAGGUUGGGGUUUGGUCUGCUGAAUAAGGUUGCCAUGCUUUUUCCUCAUGUGUUUUGGGAGCUGGAUCUUGACACAUUUGGACAUCUUUCUGAUGAUCCAAGUCGUCGUGGGGAAUUUUUUUUGUUUUACAGUUAUGCAACAGUUGCUGGUGGUCCCCUGUUGAUUGCUUUAGUGGCAGGGGAAGCUGCUCAUAAGUUUGAGAGCAUGCCCCCCACAGAUGCAGUCACACGGGUUCUUCAAAUUCUCAAGGGUAUAUAUGAACCAAAAGGAAUCAAUGUUCCUGAGCCAAUCCAAACUGUCUGUACUAGAUGGGGUAGUGAUCCCUUCUGCUUUGGUUCUUACUCCAAUGUUGCAGUUGGAGCUUCUGGUGAUGACUACGAUAUUUUAGCAGAAAGUGUAGGAGAUGGUAGGCUUUUCUUUGCUGGGGAAGCAACCACUAGACGCUAUCCUGCUACUAUGCACGGGGCUUUCCUAAGUGGUCUAAGAGAAGCUGCAAAUAUGGCCCACCAUGCUAAUAUUCGAACACUGAAGGUGAAAAUUGACAAGGCCCCUUCAAAUGCUCAUUCUUGUGCUUCCGUUCUUGCAGAUUUAUUUAGAGAACCUGAUAUAGAAUUUGGGAGCUUUUCUAUCAUUUUUGCUCAUAAGAAUACGGACCCCAAGUCACCAGCAAUCUUGAGGGUAACAUUUAGUGAGGCUAGAAAGAAAUGUAAUGAAGUUGCGAAACAAGACCAACAACACUCUAAUAAAUUACUUUUUCAGCAGCUUCAGUCACAUUUUAAUCAACAACAACAGCUUCAUGUUUACACAUUACUGACAAGACAACAGGUUCUUGACCUAAGAGAGGUAAGAGGUGGUGAUGAAAUGAGAUUGAAUUACCUCUGUGAAAAGCUAGGAGUUAAACUAGUCGGAAGAAAAGGAUUGGGGGUGAAUGCUGAUUCUGUCAUUGAUUUCAUAAAAAGUGAGAGGGGCAAUCGUAAGCCUGUUUCAACCUCUUUGGCUCUUAAACCAGGGGUGUCAUCAAAGCUGAAGGCAGGCAUUAUGAAGCGCAAGUUAAUAAGACGGGCAAAAGUGGUGAGGAAAAGCAAUGGAUCCAUAGAUGUGGGGAGUGCCAACAAAUUAUCAGAAGAGGUUAAGAUGACAGAUCUAGUGCUUCCUGAUUUAACUCUUUCAGGGACCAAUCAAAGUGACUUGAGCAAUCCAUAAAUGCGGAUGGUCGUCUUUCACCAGGAGAAAGAAUAAGAUGCCCAAUGCUCUUAAUGGAUUGUCAGGUGUCUUUCCUAGAUUCUUGGGGUCUGGCUUACCGUUUCUUAAUGAAUUAUAAUUUGAAAGAAAAUGUGAGAGCGAGCCUUGCACAUAGGUGCGGAUAAGUAAGGUUGCUUCCUUGUAACCUUGAAGUCACAGGUUCGAGUGCUGGAAAAGACGUCUCCAUUUGCAAGGGCAUGGAUUCGUACAUAUUCUUGCCAUACUUCACUAGGUGGGAGCCGUAUUCACAGUACUAAUUUUGUAUAGAUAGAAUUGAAAGUAGUAGUAAAUAUAUUAAUGUAACUGAAAAUAUCAUUUAUUGCCAAGAUCCUGAUGACAAA